UGAAGCAGAUCUGCCACAAUCCUGAUCUUCAACCCAGCUGACUUCCUCCUCUCAGCCUUGGGUUCAAGUCUUGAAAACAUGAAGCUUUUCAUCCUCACCUGCCUUGUGGCUAUUGUCCUUGCCAGCCCUAAGCUUCCUCUUAGACAUCCAGAAUUGAAUAAAGAUAAACUAGAAAACAGUGAGGAAGCUAUCAGGAAGGAAUUAAGUGAAGAACAUGUCAUCACAGAUGCUGAACUGGAAUCUAGCAACAAUUUAUCAAGUGAGAAAGUUGCUCCUAUUAACUCUGAGAAGCACAUUUCACAGGAAGAGCUCUACAGACUCAAUCUGGAACAGAUUCUUAGACUGAACAAAUAUAACCUCCUCCAGCUGGAAGCUGUCCGUGCCCAGGACAAACUUUGCGGAGUGAAUAAAUACAACCACUUCCCUCUGAGAGAGCCUAUGAGGGUAGAGAAUCAGCCUUUCCAACACUUCCACCAGCUUGAUGUCUAUUCCUAUGCAGCUUGUUAUUACCCUCAGCAAAUCAUGCCAUUCACGGAUCUUCCAAUCCAUGAAAUUUCUAAACCCAUUGCCUUUGAGGACAUUGAAAAUGCUGACACUGUGUUGUUAGACUGGUGAAGAAUUAAGUAAAUUCCUGAGAACUGCACGAUAUGGCACUUAAUGUUUCUGAAAAUCUCAUGCUCUUAGUUUGUUUACCUAUGAAAUCAUCUUAU